CUGUCUGAUGGAGGCGACCUAAGACGUAAAGAAAAAAACUUUCGGAAUUUAGCGCAGUGUUGGGGUGUUAGUGGGAGGGAUUACAUCAAUCGUUCAUGGGAGUCUGAGAACAUUAGGUAGCAGCCUUAGCUUUUCCCUGGCUCCUGGAGCGUAAAGAACACGGCACAGCAUCACAACUGCUAGUUCACAUACACAGAGCAUCAGUGCUUGUACUUGAAACUUGUAAGCCGCAAAACGUCUUCUUUUUGCUGAGGAGGAAUGCAGUUCAACACAGCUUUCUACACAAUAAACAGUUAAUGUAUUACCUUGCCUUGAGUUUCUCGAGUGUGAAAUAUUCGUUAAAAAAACUUCUUCGGACUUGCAAGCAUGACUGCGGGUGUCCGCUACAGCUGUUUAUUGCUCCUGUGUUUAACAGCGCUUGAUCAGUCUCACACAGCUCAGAACUGCAUAGACAAGCAUCAUAUUGUGACUGUGAUCCGUCAGAUGGAAAAGUUUCUGAAAGGGCAGGAAACGCGGUUUGCUGAAGGGCUCCGCAUUAUGAAAUCCAAACUGGCAGCUCUGCAGAACACUGUGUCCAAGUUCCCUCCAGCAGACCAACAUACAGUCACAUGCCCGACACUGGAGGCUCCACAGCAUGGCAGGAAGUUUGGAUCGAAGCACUUCCUGGGUCAUGAAGUUCAUUUCACCUGCAAUUCUGGGUAUCACCUGGUGGGACCUGGUACCAGAGUGUGUCAAGAAAAUGGAAGCUGGAGUGGAGUUAACACUGUAUGCAAAGACAUCAGUGAAUGUUCCAGUAACCCAUGCCAGAAUGGAGGAAGCUGUGUGGAAGGUGUCAACCAGUACAAGUGCGUCUGUCCUCAGAACUGGAGUGGCUCUCACUGCCAACAUCAGACUCAGACAGCACCCCCAGAAUGGAGCGUGAUGAAUGACCCGGCCUUCAGCCGAAAGCCCCGCUGUGCCAAGGUGGACAGGACACAGCAGUGCAGUUGUGACGCCGGAUUUCACAUGAGCGGCACCUCGGACAACAGCAUCUGCCAAGAUGUGAACGAGUGCGAGGUGUACAAGCUAGACAGAGCUGCCAGACUCUGCGUGCACGCCUGUGUCAACAUCCCCGGCUCGUACCGCUGCUCCUGCCCCUCUGGAUACAAAUUGCUUGGCGAUGGCCGAAGCUGCGAGGACAUCGACGAGUGCCUCACCUCUCAGCACAACUGCACCAGGGGCACAACUUGCAUUAAUACAGGAGGGGGCUUCCACUGUGUGAGCCCAGAGUGCCCCAAGUCCCAUGGCAACGUCAGCUAUGUGAAGACAUCGUCAUUCCAGUGUGAGCGAAACCCGUGCCCAAUGGACAGCAGGCUGUGCCACCUGGCACCUAAGACUGUUUCCUUCCACUACCUCUCCCUGCCUUCCAACCUGAAGACGCCGGUCACUCUGUUUCGCAUGGCCACGGCGGCGGCCCCUGGCCGGCCCGGCCCGGACAGCCUGCGCUUUGGCAUCGUGGGAGGAAACAGCAAAGGGCACUUUGUGAUGCAGCGCUCAGACCGGCAAACUGGAGAACUGAUCCUUGUGCAAGCCCUGGAGGGCAUGCAGGACAUAGAGGUGGAGGUGGACAUGUCCGAAUACCUGGAGCGCACCUUCCAGGCUAAACACGUGGCAAAGGUCACUGUGUUCGUUUCCCCCUAUGAAUUCUGAAGGAACUGAGGACACGGCCUCUGCCUUUUUAUUGCAAUUGAAAGCAUGGACUCUUAAGGACUCUAUUGCAUUAUUUCAUGCCACCCCAAUUCCUGAAAUGCCACAGGCAAAACACACUUAGUAAUAGACUUAGCAAUAAGCUAAGUGACCAGCCUGAGAUCAAUUUAGCUACCACUAAUUCCAAAAUAUAUAUAUAUAAAAUAGGGCUGGAAGUGAGAAAUAAAAAAAAAUUAUUGUACUUUUGUUGUCAGUAGCAUUUAAAGAACAUUUGGUGUGAUUUGUACUUAGUUAGGGGGUAACGAGAAUGAAUGUAAUAUCAACAGAGUAUGAAUUUGUAGAAUUACACACCUCACCCUUUGAGUAGUUCAGGUCUGAGGCCAAAACAAUUUCUGUGGCUUGAAGUCUCUUUCCUGAUUGUGCACUGCUGUGUGUAAAUCAGUGGAACAUUGGAAUAGAUUUGAUUCACUGAUAGACUAUUCCCUUAUCACAUAUUUGUUGGAAAUAAUCUUAACAAAAAAUCAUGAAUGGAAAUUUCAGACAGAUAAUUACCAGUAGUGUUUAUUCAUCUCUGUUAUAUGUAGCAAGUCUGUUUUUUUUUAAUUUAUGUAAGCUAGCGUCUCUUGUAGUUUUAUAUGACCACAACAUGUGAAAUCUAUCCAGAUUUAAGCAAAUCUCAGAAUUUUUAUGAGCAGUUGAUUACACAGUAAAUCAGCUUGGACACAUUUCAUCUCUUAUUUAUGUUAUGUCAUAACUACAGUAAUCGGACAUAGCUUCCAGUAUUUAACAGAUAUUUAACUUCGUCCCACUGCCUGUAAUAUGGUACUGCAUUACAACCAGCCUUUGUAUUGCACAAACUGUAAUGUUUUAAAAGAAAUAAAGUUCGAUAUAAUUGUU